AUGGCGUCACGGAAGCUCAUGCAAGAGGUGGAAAAGUGCUACAAGAAGGUAGCGGAAGGAGUCGACGAGUUCAAUGCAAUCUACGAAAAGAUUGAACUUUCCAAUAACCCGGCCCAGAAGGAGAAGCUUGAAGACCAGCUAAAACGUGAAAUCAAGAAGCUGCAGCGUUUGCGAGAUCAAAUCAAGACAUGGGCGGCGAGUAACGACGUCAAGGAUAAGGACCGCUUGAUGGAGAAUCGCAAGCUGAUAGAGACGCAAAUGGAAAAGUUCAAAGCUGUCGAAAAGGCCAUGAAGACGAAAGCGUAUUCAAAAGAAGGCCUAUCAGCAGCGGCCAAGCUCGACCCGAAAGAGCAGGCCAAGGUUGAAACGUGCGAAUUCCUAGGAAACAUGGUCGACGAGCUUGAACACCAAGUAGAAGCCCUGGAGGCCGAGGGCGAGUCGAUACAAGCGACAAUGAAGAAGGGCAAGGCCAACCGAGAUAAGGCCGAUCGCGUAGCCGAGAUCGAGAGGGUGAUAGAGAGGCACAAGUGGCAUCAAGGCAGGCUCGAGCUCGUACGGCGUUUGCUUGAGAAUGGAGGCCUCGACACGGAUCAAGUCAAGGAUAUUGAAGAGUCCAUCCGAUAUUACGUUUCCGACGGAGUGAACGAGGACUUUAUGGAGGACGAGGAGAUGUACGUUGAUCUUAAUCUCGAUCACGAGGAAGACGUAUAUGGCAUGACCCUCGACAACGACAAGGGAUCCACCGAAGAUACACGAUCUAUACAAGACGACCCCACCCCCGAGCUCGAACCCAAAAUCCUCCCCGGAAAGCCUCGGACGGCCGCCGAGAGUGCGAUUGCGAACGCGACAGGCCGACGGCCCUCUGCGCAACUCAAGUCCCCGUUACCGACAUUGGCGACAUUACAUACACCGACACCAGGAGGCGGCGCGAGUACUUCUGCCUCUUUACCAAUGAAACCGGCGACGUUACCAACGAGACCGCCAGGAGAGGGACUCAAGUAUGCCUCUGCUGCCGCCGCCGCCGCCGCGAGCGACAAGAACAACGUUGGCAUCGCCCCCUUACCGCCGCCACCCAACGCGAUACCGAUAAAUAUUGGUAUCAACCCCUUACCGAUGGCCCAGCAAGCGAGGUCGAGCGCCGCCAGCUCGCCCGCCAUGACGAUGGCGCAGCCCGCGUUGAGCGCGGCGUACCAAGCCUCCGAGCCCAAGCAUUCCCCGAAAGUGGCCCCUACGACAACGAGUCAAGCCGCGCCCAGCGCCGAGCAUACCCCGGCGUCGACCAAAGCGACGCCAGUACCGGUUGCCAGCUCCGCAAAGGAGUCUUCCAAGGCGUCCCGUUCUGCAGCCAAGGCCGCUGCGGCGGCGGCGGCAGCGGCGGCGGCGACGGCCGAGCCUGUCAAGGCGCCCCACGUAAACGGUGUCAACGGUAUCAAGCCGAUCAAGGAGGAGACCGAGGAGGAGCCCCGCUUCCACCUCCCUGCGUGCCUCAACGACCUCCUCGAAUCCUACGAGCUCGCGAGGAAGCGCCCGCCCCCAGCGUCGUCGCCAGCGGCCAUGCGCAUGCUCGCCGUCAGCCAGGCCAACGCGCCCGAGGCCUCAGACGCGGACCUCCCGCGCACAUACCGCGCGGAUUCGCGCUUGCCGCUCACGUAUUCCAAUUUCCCGCAGCAACCGCUGCCCAUAUUCGACGACCCUCGAUUGUACAGCAAGAUCGACCCCGAUACCCUCUUCUACGUCUUCUACUAUAAGCAGGGAACUCACCAGCAGUACCUAGCCGCCAAGGCGCUCAAGGACCAAAGCUGGCGUUUCCACAAGCAGUACCAGACGUGGUUCCAGAGGCACGAGGAGCCCAAGAGCAUCACGGAGGAGUUUGAGCAGGGAACGUAUCGUUUCUUUGACUAUGAGAGCACAUGGAUGAACCGACGGAAAGCAGACUUCAAGUUUGCGUACAAGUUCCUCGAGGACGACAUAUAA